AGAAACUACUGAUGACGUUGAGUUCACAGCUGUGACACAAAGGCGCACGAAAAGCUUCCAUAUAAGCAGAAUCUCACCAAAUGUCACAGAACAAAAGAUUAAAGACUAUCUUAUAAACAAGAACAUAAGUGUUACUUUACUUCGCAUUCUUAACACUAAGAAUCCUUACAUGAAAACAGCCAAGGUUAAUGUACAAAUUAAAGAUGCUAAAAAACUAUUAGACGGAGAUUUUUGGCCUCACGGAAUACGUUGUCGACAUUGGUUAUCAAACACUAGAUACCAAGAUGAGUAUGGGUAUAAUUAUCAGCAAAACGAAC